UUCCCAGUGUUUGCAGGUCCAACAGAACAGAACAAGCGAGUAGCAUGGCGGUCCGUUGACGCGCUCCGACUUGUCGUCGCUCGCCUCCUCUCCUCAUCUUCGUCUAACAAAAACUGCAUCAACAAAUACUUGGAAACGCCAUACAUCGGAUUAAAACCCCCACCCGACAUAACAGAACUCCAUUUUCGAUUUUUCAUAAUAGGUGGGGGGGAGGCUAGUAGUGUUAGUAGUAGUAGUAGUAGUAGUAGUAGUAGUACUGUAGUAGUAGUAGCGGGGAAGCUUGCUAACUAGUAAAGCUAGCCACAACUGGUCGAAGAGGGACACGAGCGGUAAACGAAGAGCUCAUGCCCAGGCCGUGGCCCUAACCAAGGAAUGGCAGCGACGUGACACGGGUGGAGCGAGCGUCAUGUUUUUCUGCUGAAGCCACCGGGGCCGAGCGCUCGCAAGCAUGGAUGAGUCGGUGCUGUUGGACCUGCUGGAGUGCCCCGUGUGCCUGGAGCGUCUGGACGCGUCGGCCAAGGUUCUGCCCUGUCAGCACACCUUCUGCCGACGCUGCCUGCAGGGCAUCGUGGGUUCCCGAGGCGAGCUGCGCUGCCCGGAGUGCCGCACGCUGGUGGAGUGCGCCGUGGACGAGCUGCCCAGCAACAUCCUGCUAGUGCGCCUCCUAGAUGGGAUCAAGCAGAGGCCGCGCAGACCCGCACCCACCAACGGCACCGCCGGAGCAGCGGCGCGGGCGCACGGCAGCGGAUCUCGGAACGACCAGGGCGCCCCUGGACCCCAACCCCAGCGGGGACUGGCCAAGAGCACUCUUGUCCGGGCCAUCCCACAGCUGCCGUGCGCCAAAGCGCUCUACAACUACGACGGCAAGGAGCCGGGCGACCUCAAGUUCAGCAAGGGCGACGUCAUCAUCCUGCGCCGGCAGGUGGACGAGAACUGGUACCAUGGCGAGAUGGGCGGCGUGCACGGCUUCUUCCCAACCAACUUUGUGCAAGUCAUCAAGCCGCUGCCGCAGCCGCCGCCACAGUGCAAGGCGCUCUACGACUUUGAGCUCAAGGACAAAGAGGCCGAUAAGGACUGCCUGCCGUUCGCCAAGGACGAUAUUCUCACUGUCAUCCGCCGCGUGGACGAAAACUGGGCAGAGGGAAUGCUGGGAGAUAAAAUUGGGAUUUUCCCCAUCUCAUACGUGGAGUUCAACUCUGCCGCCCGGCAGCUCAUCGAGUUGGACAAGCCCUCCGACCACAACGGCGAGUCGGGCGAGGGGGCCUCCUCGGGGCCCCAGAACAAUGGCGGCCAUCGGGACAAGAAGAAUAGCAAGAAGCGACAUUCCUUCACCUCUCUCACCAUGUCCCACAAACCUGUGCUGGCUCCGCCCCCGCAACGCCACUCUAUGGAGAUCAGCGGCCCGGUACUCAUCAGCUCCAGCAAUCCCACUGCCGCCGCCCGCAUUGGCGAGAUCAGUGGUGGGCUCUCCUGCAGCGCACCUUCACAGGUACACAUUUGCACAACCGGACUGAUUGUGACUCCGCCCCCGAGCAGUCCCGUCACCACAGCAACGGUCUUCACGUUUCCUUCGGACACCUGCUACGCACCCAUUCCGCUGGACGCUCUCCCACCACCGCCACCUCCUCCGCCGCAGUCGUCCACCGGAGGCGCUGGUUACUCGCCGGUGGCGGGGCAAAGACCCUCCCCUAGCGUCAAUGAUCAAGGCAGCAGACAAAGACCCACAGUAUAUGUGGCCAUGUUCCCCUAUGCCCCCCGCAAGGAGGACGAGCUGGAGCUCAGGAAGGGUGAGAUGUUCCUGGUGCUGGAGCGCUGUCAAGACGGCUGGUUCAAGGGCACGUCCAUGCACACCGGCAAGAUCGGAGUGUUCCCGGGAAACUACAUGAGUCCAGUCAGCAGGACUGCGUCGGGGAGCAACCAGUCCAAAGUACCCAUGAGCCUGUGCACGCAGGCGGGCAGAGGGAUCACCAUCGUCAGCCCCUCGUCGGGCCACCACGUAGCCAUUGUGGCGGGCCCGGACUCUGGCAAACAUCCUUCUGCCGUGAACUCCGUCACCUCCGCCGCCACUGCUCAGUCGGCAGUGCCGGUGACAGCAGCUCAGACGGCCACUGGCCAGCAGCCCAAAGUGCCGCUUAACGUCAACUCGCAGAUGACGGUGAAUCAGGCUCGCAACGCCGUCAGGACGGCCGCAUGCCACGGUCAGGACCGGCCCACCACAGCCGUCCCAGCCAUCCAGUCCGCGCCAGCCGGAACCUACCUCCCACACCUCACUGCGUGUUCCCAGCCCUCCCCCGGCCCCGCUCAGGGCUGCGCCCGGGCGUCGGUGGCACUUGGGUGCGCCGCCGCCUCCCUCACCCCGCCCAAUGUCAGCGCUGCCUCCCUGGACGGUGACACCUUGAGGCCUGUGCCCGUCCUCGCCGGGAACGCUUCUGCUCUCAGUGCCGCCCUUGCAUGCCGCCUGGACAAGGACAUCAAGAGGGAAAAGAAAAGUCUUCUAAAGCUGCUGUCCAACAAGAAGAAGUCUCGUCAGUCGCCACCUUCCUCCCCCACACUGGAGUCGGAGCAGGCCGCCGCCGGAGAGUCGGGCCAAGGCGCCUCGGGUCCAGAGGCCUCCCUUCCCUCCGGCUCGGAUGCCGACGCCGCCAUCGCCGCCUCUCCGUCUCCAUCCUCCGCUUCCUCGUCGGAGCCCGCCUCUCAUCGGAGGACCGCCGCUUUGGACGGAGGCGCUCCUAUCGCGCCUCCUCCUCGCCAGCCAUGCUCCUCGCUGUCAUCGCUGCAGCAUGACGCGCGGCCCAUCGUCUGUGAGAGGUACAGGGUGGUGGUUUCGUACCCGCCGCAGAGUGACGCCGAACUGGAGCUGAAGGAGGGCGACGUGGUGUUCGUGCACCGCAAGCGCGAGGAUGGCUGGUUCAAAGGCACUCUGCAGCGCAACGGCAGGACAGGACUCUUUCCUGGAAGCUUCGUGGACAGCAUCUAAGCCUCUCCCUGCACACAAUCCUUUUUUUAUUUUUUUUAUUUAUACCCUUAAAUGUGUGCCUUGUACUGUGUAUCACUUUAUUGUACAUAAGGACACAAACAGGAUUUAGUUCCGGACAAUUAGUUAAUAUAGAUAUGUUACCUUUUUUAAAUUAUUUCAACAAAAACUGGUCUUUUUUUUUCUUUUUCCAAGUGGUUCAAAGGGUUAAACUGGCACGUGUCCUCUCUUUUUUUUUUAAACGAGCGAGGCAGUGCAUGUGCAUCUCAGUAAACUCGAACAUGACGCAAUGUGGCAUUUAUUUCACGAGAUGAAUUUAAAAAGUGAAAGUCAUUAAUUACACCGAAAAUUCUUUUCUAAUCUUGAUUGACAGACUGAGCGGGAUGCAACUUGUAUACGGCCCGCCUUGAGACUUGGAAAAACAAAUCAAGCCUCAACGGAACUGCUUGUAAAUUCAUCCGAAGUUCGCUUUCCUACCGUCGUGUUGGACGAGCUGUGCUGCUAAUCAAACGCACCCCGACGUAGCGCUGCUGCAUCAGAGUGACUCAACAUUUCUGUUGCAGUAACCUCACACUCCUUAAUGUGACGCCGCCACCACGACACAACAGAACAUUUGUCUCGCUUUUGUGAACAUGCUGGAAGUUUUUCUAAUAUAUAUGUUGAGAGAGAGAAAGAAUUGUUUUGAUUGAUCCCAUUUUGAUCGUAUUUUUUUUACCUACUUGAAGUACCGUAAGAUUUAUUUUGCAACCCGAGAGAUUUAUUUGUGUUUUUUUAGUAAAAUGAACUACACUCAGCAGUUAGCAUUAGCAAAUAUUUGUUGUCCAUUUUAGCUGUGCACUAUUUCUGUUUGUCUUUAUAAUACAGUGAAACCCUGCAUUUUCCUGGUUGGACUUUAGCAACUUUAUGCCUCCCCCUGAUAGGAAAACAUUUGCUGGACCUUUUUUAGUGUGAACAAAGUGAACCACUGUGAUGAUUUUGUAAUUCACUUUCUUGCUGAAGGCUUCCUUGCAAUAUGACACAAAUUGUUUUCCAAGCAGCCCUUUUUUAUUUUAUAAGGGACUAACAAGGCCACAGAGACGUAAUAUUACAAGGAAAAAAUAUAGACAAAAUUCAUAUGUUGUAGUCUUAAUACUUUGGCUUAGCUGCACACAUUCAGAUCCAGAAUAAAUUAGGCUGGCAAUUCAAUCUUUUUCUACGUUUUUGAGGACGACAAAACAAUUUCACAAUUCUCCUGCUAAGCACUUGAUACACUGUAUAUUUGUUGGUGUUUUAGUUGGUUCGGGGGGGGGCUUUACUUUCACUGUCUGAAAUUGAAAUCAUUUAUGCUCUCUUGUGAAAUUCAGAAAUAUUUGAGGGAAUUGCACAUUUUUAAGAGGCAGUUUAACAAUAAAAGCUAAUGGUUACCAUGA